CGCGCUCCCCCUCGCCCAGUGCAGGUUGCUGAAGGACUGGGGGGAGAAAUCCGGGCAGGGCGCGGAGAGUGGCUUAGCCCGGACAAAGUUUCCCAGGCGUGGGGUGGGGGGCGCAGCUAGGCAGGAGGGAGCCCCACGCGUGGGAAGGCUCUGCCGUGGGUGUGCGGCUGGUGGAUCGCUGCUCCCUGGGGCUUCUCUGCAGCUUCUUCUGCUCCUGCCAGGCACUUCUGUUCAGUUGUUUAAACCAGAGGACAGGGGGGAACCUGCUGCCUCUUGCCAGCCCUGAGUUCCCACUCAAGCCCAGGAAAUUCAACGCAGCACAAGCCCAGUGAUCAUCUCGCCAAUGCCAUGUGUGUUCACUAAGGUGCAAAGUCCCCUGGGAGACUCGUAUCAACAUGUUCAGUGAAAAGAGCAGCACCUCUUUGUCCCAGAAAUCUAGCCAGAAAAAGACCAGGCCCCAGGGGCUCCCAUCUCCUGCUCUCUGCUGUGCCUGUGGACUUUGCAUCAUGCUCGCCGGGAUCAACAUCACCCUGGUGGGAGCGUUCGCUUUUGGGACUUUCCUCCCUGUGAACAACCCUCCCAUCAUCAUUGGACCCAUCCUGCUGGUGGUUGCUUUCACGUUCUUUGGGGCCUGCUGCAUCUGUAGCAGGAGACCACCCGCCCAUGGGGCAAGGAAAUCCAAGCCAGGUUCCAACACUGGGCUCAUCAAACCUGGUAACACGGCCUUCGAGAUAGAAACCAGUGAGCACACGGUGCAGGACACCACCGCCGUGCAGCUGAGCCCAACCAACUCGCCUAUGUCCUCCAGAAAGUCCACACCCAUCCAUGAGAACUCCAAGACCUGUAAACUCUUCACAAUGGAUGGCAAUGGGCCGGCAGCAAAAUACACAGCAGGAGGGGAAUCAAUUCAGCUGAACUUACCUAGAGACCUUAUGACAUCCUAAGUCAAGUCAGAGUGAUUAUUAGCAGCCAGGUAGGCACUGCAGUUAGGCGCGCCAUGAUCAGAUGGAUACAGCCACUAGGAAGCAGCAAGCCUAUGAAAUCCUUUUGUGUGGCCAACUGAUACGUUGACAUCUUAAAAACCAGUUAAGAAAGGAAAGGGAUGACAUGGUAAUUGGAAACAAUGGUGAAAAAUUCCAGCUUUUUUCUGGAAUGGGCGCAUUUAUUUAAUGUGAUUAGAAAUAACGCUGUAACGAGGAAUCGAUGUGGCCCAGCUACUGGGAAAUUAGAGAUCUUUUGGAAUGAAUUCAUUUCUUUAGUGCAACUUAAAAAAAAAGUAACGUCUUGAUUAGAAUUCAGUGCCACAGAGUGUGGCAAAUUACAGGUCUCUCUUUUUGGAAGGGAUGCAGUUAUUUAAUGUAAUAAAAAUGACCAAUGCAGUAAUUAGAUAUUGAUAUCACCCAGUUGCUGGGAAAUUACAGAUCUUUGAGAUUCAGCUUUGGGGGGUUUGAAGAAGAAUAAAUUUAUUUUAACGCAAUUAAAAUUGCAACACAAAAAUGUGAUCCACUUUUUAUCCUGUCUCAACCUUUCCUUUCUUUUUUGACUUCCACUCUAACUCUAGCAGCCAGCAGAUCUCAAGAGCAGCAGAUAGCGUCAGCUGUUUUUCCUCCUUCAUAAUUCAGAUUCGGGUCUCAGUCCUGCUGUCUAACAUGCCACACUGCUUGGAAAGUCAGCUGUGCCUGAGUAGAUAAAGGCUGCAGGUGAUUGGUUAAGCCAGGCCUUGUGAUGGAUGGAGAGUAUCAGAAGAGGCAGCCCAUAGACCUAAUGGAAAAGGAAAUGAAGUCAUGUGGAAAGAGGUUCCGCUGAGCAAUAGAAAUGAACUGAGAUAAGAUGAUGCACUUGAACAUCCUUUGGGGGGACUUUGGGCCUGGCUCGGACAUGGCUACUUGGAGUCAGCAUUUAUUCGGGAAUGAAAAUAACCGUAAUGUCGUUAUUUUUACAGCUGGUGGGGAAUUUUUCAGUGAAUCAGUUUCAGUGACAAUUUCUUAAGGAUGGUUUCUCAGGUCCAGGAUGGAAUUUCUAGGGAGGGAGAGUCCAGGAUAGUCCUCACCUUGAAUGUGGGGGAACCAAGUGCAAGUCCCUGAUUUGGAGCAGGGACUCGAAACUGCAUUUCCCACAUCCCAGGCAGGUGCUCUGACCAUUAGGUUACUGGUUAUUCCAUGGGCUCUGUCUGGCUUGUGGUUUCUCCAGGCCCCUACUUGCCAGAAGACAGGCCAACUGAUCUAAAAGAUGACCAAAAGUAUCUGUGUCUCCUCCCUUUAAGUGACUGUAUAUCCCACUGACUUUGAUAGGAGCUGCGUGUGUACAAUAAGAGGAGAAUAAGUUCUCUAAAUAAGGGCACCUUGGUUUCCUGUGUUGUAAGGCAUUGGGAAGGUGGAGAGGAUGUUCGCUGGAGAGGACCCUGAAUCUAUGGAAGGAAGGAAGUGGUGUCCGUGUUGCCUGCUGCUGUGCAUGGAAGGUUUCCAUCUGACUCUGGAUGCUCAGGGCUUCCUGGAUUGGGGGAUAGGACGUACCUUGUAGCUGGUAGAGAAGCAGAGCUAAGGAGCAGCUGCUGAAUGCAGGCUGCUUCCUUCUGACACACAAUACAGUGGAAGGUAAUGCCACUUUGAGCAGCAGGAAUCUGGGCUCCUUGCAGUCUGCUCUUCUUGGAGGUGAGCAAAGCAUGGUGCAGCAGAGGUAGACAGAACCAUACUCUAGAGAUGGAGGGGCUGCAGGAUGGUUUAGAGGUGGGGGUUGUAGCUCCUUUUGACCAUUGACAGUAUCACCAACCCAAAAUGUUCAAAAAUCAGGAGUCAUGCCUGCCCAAAAUCACAAGAGUGGCUCAGACAGCAUGAGAUUAUUUUAACAAAUAAUUAAUGUUGGAUUCUGUUUAAUCAUCUUCUAGGCUUUAAGCCUUUGUGGGACAUGUUUUCAAGUUGUUUUGCCAUUUCCAAGAGAAAGAGAGAGACUUUUUUUUAAAAGUAAGCUGAGAUUCUCACAUAUUCACAUGAUUCCAGGAGCUGGGGCUUUCAGAAAAACAUCAGAUAGUAUGAGACAGAUAGUAAUAUCUUGAGAGUCGACAACACUGCAUUAAUCUCCAGGCUCCAUGGGAUUUUGAGCUUGCCAAAUCUCCCUACGAAGGGAAACAUUUAGAUGGAAGCUCAGAGGAUUUUUAAGACCUCCUUUCUCAAUGGGGGAUAGUGACGUGUCUUGUCUUUUGCUCUUUACACAACAUACCUAAUAUGAAGGAAUGACACAGGCCAAAUAACUGCAUUUACCAUGUUAGAGUGAGUCAGGAAAUGGGUUUUCCCAUGAAAAUUUUCAAGUUUUCAAAAAGCAGUUAUGUCCGGAAAUGGGAUGAAAAGUCAAAAUCUUGAUAAUUUUCACAAACUGAAAAUCUCUCCCCACCCGCAACCCCCCAAAAAUUGGUUGGUUCAAUCAAACCAUUUCAUUUAGAUUGUGACCAUUUUCAUUACUUUUACAAUAAUUACAAUUAGCUUAAAAUUUGAUACAAAAAGUCAUUUUAAAUGGGAAAACUGGAAUCGUUUCAUUUAGGAAACGUCAAAAUGAAAAGCUGCGACAAUUUCAAAACCUUAUUUAAAAAAAAAUGUAGCUGAAAAAUUUGUCAAAACCGACCGUUGCCCAUGAAAUUUUCAGUUUUGAUGCAUCUGUAUUUUCCUAUGGGAAAAAAAGUUCCCUGAAAAAUUCACAACCAGUUCUGCUGAACAUAAGAACGGCCAGACUAGGUCAGAUCAAUGGUCCUUCUAGCUCACUAUUCUGGUAUCUGACAGUGAUGAAUGCCAGGUACUUCUGCGGGAAUGAACAGAACAGGGAAUCAUCCAGUGAUCCAAUGCAUAUAACAUGUCAGGCCUAGCCACAUAUGGUGCAGCAGAGGUCUGGUAGCUACAGAAAUAUAGAAGACAGCUAGGGUUCAAAAAUUACUUACAGGGCCACGAUCUUGUUCCUACACUAUAGUAUCAUAGACAUGUAGGGCUAGAAGGGACCUUGAAGGUCAUCUAGUCCAGCACUCAGGCAGGGACCUGGGGCUUUAGGAUCAGUAGCCUUGGAGGAGCAUUUGCUGUUGUAGUUUUCAUUGAGGAGCAAAUCCAGCAUGAUGGCAUCUGCACAUUUAUGGGACUGUCACAGAGACCAGAGCUUUUCCAACACCACCUCCGCACCCCUUCCUUUCUAUUUCCUCUGUUUCUCCUUAAGUUCAUUGUUACAUUCUCCUGCCUCCUCAAUCUGGUUUCUCUUCUCCAGGAUCUUAUUUUGAAACAUGUCAUAUUUCUCCAAAGAGGUUUAGGGAAGAACCCAAAUAGAUGAUUGAGGGCUUCAUCUCCCAUGCAGGGCCCGCAAAGCCAGCUUCAGUUGCUGCAUGUGAGACCAUUCCAUCCUCAGAUUAUUUCUGGCUCUCCCUGCAGAGGCUCACUUUUGGCCUGUUACAUGGCUAGCAAACCAGCUGCAAUGUCCACCCUCCUUUGCCCUUCCCCGGUUGCAUCAAUUAUUGGUGGCUUUCCUGCUGUUUUAUCAUGCAGUCAUGCCAAUCCCCAAUAGCCACUUAAGUAUGGGUGCCGUUCAAUGCUGUUAAUUUAGCUGAGAGGAUUUUCAGGUCACAGGUGGGAGCUGAAUCCAUUUCUCUUUGUACACCUAGGGAAAGGAAACUGUGCCAUUGGUCCCCCCCCCCCCGGGACAUGGUCCCGCUCAGAACAGCAAGCCAGCAAAACCAAAGUGACAAUAAACGUACCGUGCAGCCAAUUAUUAGCAUUGCAGACUGGCUCUUCCAGAAGAUGGGGCAGCCCGUCCCCUAGUAUUGUGCACAGCACCCACCGGUAGGGGGCAACACAUGUUGCAGCAAUGGGAUUCCAAGAGAGCUGCCUACGUUGCAUUUCGCAAGCUGGCAGACAUAAGGGAAGCCGUUUCCAACAGGUGCCCAUAGAGCCUCAUCCAAAGCCCAUUGUGCUCAAUGGAAGGCUCCCUCCAUGCACUUCAAUAGAUCAGGCUUUUUAUGAGCAGGAGUCAGAGUAAGGAGGGAAGGGAAGAGAGAGCAAAGGGGAAGAGAGCACGCUCUACUGGUGAAAUUUACUUUAACCGCUGCAUGUGAGUUACAGGUGCCAUGUAAUGGUUCCGCGUACAGCCCACACUGCGAUCAUGGGAAGGAAUGUGCAUGAGUCCCACAUGCCCCCUCAGGAGAAUGGCCCCUCAGAGCUACUGCUAAGCAUCUACCUAGUCUGUGCUAACCCCCGGGGGAUCUGCAGUCCUUCCACCUAUAUUCUCCUGGGUAUUGGUUUGGUUGGCCUGGGCUGGGGAACGCCAGCCUUCAAAGGGUUAAGGUGAGCGCAGUGCACUUUUCUCUCGGAAAACCGAUCGGUCCUGGGAACAGACCCAUUUGUUUUUUUCCUGCCAUCGCUCUGUUCUCUAGAGGGGACAGGCAGCAGCAUAGGUGGGUCCCUCACCCUUCUGGAUUUUCAGAGGAAGUCAGCACCUAUGUAACUUCAAGCGUUAGGCAGAAGAGAAGGGAGGUAUUUGGGGCCUGAACUGAAGCACUUUGAAGCCAUUGGAAACACUCCCGUGGAGUUCAAUGAGUGUUGAAUCAGGACCUUGGUGAACGUUGAUUUGGAGGUUGUUCUAAGAGCCGGGAUGAGAUUGGAGUGAGCCACUUCCUAUCAUUUCUUGUUCAUUGGAUUAUUAAUAAGCAUGUGUUGAUUGUCCUGAAUGGACCCCAGCACUCUGCAUAACAAAUAAUAAGAGACAGGCCUUGUCCCAAAAAGUUUGGACUAGGAUUUUCAGCCAAUAGUAGCUGGGCGUCAUUCAGCGGUAGGCAUGAACUGAAGAACUAGAUGUCAGCCACAUCAAGGCACAAUUCCAUGGCGGUUUAAUUUAGAUCGUACUGACUCUUGGCAGAUUACUCCUCCCCCUGCAGCAAUGUGCAGCAUGUAGAAUUCAAAACAGAUCCUUCUUCUGUGAGAAUGAAUUACCUAAACAAGAUUACCCAGGACUGCCAGGAGACAAAGCAAACAGGUUAGCAGGUGCAAAGCAUGGAACUUUCUUUAUCAGGUGUCAGGCACUGAGAAGCCCAGCCAGUCAUCAUCAGAAGGUUGGUAGGGCAUGAGGUAGGCGCUGAUAGCAAUGUAAACGGGGACAAAUCCUUAGGCCUCUGAUAGGGAACCAAGGGAGGCCAUUGAGUCAAUGGAAGCCACAUGAGUUUCAGCAGCUUUGGAUAUACAGAAAAGCCUAGCAUACUGGACCUAUUAUGCUGCUUUCAUUUAGUCUGACCACUGACUUAGCACUUGGACAGCAGGUGGCUCUGGAAUAAUUCCAACACCGACACCAGGGUCAGCAUAACUCCAGUUUAAGAACAAUCUUGCGAUAAGAACUGCCCUUAUAGCAGGCUAUUGCAGAUGGCAAGGGAUGGUCCAGAGAUCAGGGAACUAGUGUGGCACUUGGGAGACCUAGGCUCAAUUUCCUGCUCUGCCACAGACUUCCUGUGUGACCUUGGGCAAGUCAUAUAGCCUGCCUGUAACUCAGUUCCCCAUCUGUAUAGGAAGGACGAUAGAUCUUUCCUGAAGCAUGGAAGGUGGUGGGGGGAUGAGGACAAAAGAUGGAAAGGUGCUCAGCUGCUACAAGGAUGGGGGCCAGAUAAAGCACCCACGACAGAAAGAUGGUGGAUCCACACACUCCUGAGCUGGGGGAAUAUUUGAAUCUGCAUGUGGCUUUGAGGCUCAGGUCUAGCGCCAUAUGAUGUAUUUUGGAGUUAAUGUCCUUGGUAAGAUCUCAGACAUCUACUUGUUUUUAUUAAUAUCUCCUCCAGCAAACUCCCCUUUGGAGCAUAUGAUCUGAUAGUGUGGGCUAAGAAUUUCCAUCAGUAUUGGUUGCUGUUCUGUUGAUACACUUAACAAGGCAAAAUAUCCAUCUACAAUUGGUUGGAUCCCAAACUCCAGGCUCCCAAGUCUUCUUGGAACAUCAACUCGUAGCCUAAAUGUAUUUCAUGGGGUGUCUUGUUGUUCAGAUCAACAGUUAUUAGGAUUGUUUGCCCCAUUUUCAAAAUAAUUCAUAAUCUCACUGGAGGGCAUAUUUCGGAUCACGAUCAGCAUAGGGGGAGCCAGUUAGGGCCUGCUACUAAUCCCAUAGAAGCACGUGGUAAAAUUCUCAGGGACAUCAAUAGGAGCAUGAGCAGCUUAUAGUUUUUUCUUAUUUGUCCAUAUUGUGGUAGUGCCUAGAAGCCCUAACCAAGAAUCAGGAUCCUAUUGUCCUCGGAGCUGUACACGUGUGCAAUGCAAAGAUGGUCCCUGCGCCAAGGUAAAGUAAACUUUACAAUCUAGGUAUUAGACAAAAGGUAAAUGCAACGAACAGCGGGGGGGAGGGGACAAGGGAACAGUGAGACAAUGGUGUCCCUAGCUGGGAAUGAGCGACAGGGGAUGGAUCACUUGAAGAUUACCUGUUCUGUUCAUUCCCUCUGAAGCACCUGGCAUUGGCCACUGUCAGAAGACAGGGUACCGGGCUAGAUGGACCCUCGGUCUGACCCAGUAGGGCCAUUCUUAUGUUCUUAUGUUAUUUUCUUAUGUUCUAAUGGUACCUUCAUGUUGAGGGCCCAUAUGUUUCUGACCCAAUGACUGGUCAUUAUCUAGCUGCUGCACUCUUUAGUAAGCCGUGACAUUGUUUGCAUAGACGUGUUGUUUGCGGUUUGGGGUGGAGGGAAAGACAUUGCUGCUAUGUUCUUCUGAAGCAUUUAUUGUCCUGCUUUUCAGUUGUCCAUAUCCGUCUGUCCGCCUCCGUGAUUGGCUGUGAAUAAAUAAUUUGUGAAUCUGUGCAUCCUUCUUGCACUGCAGAAAACAAGGAGAUUUUUCAUGUGAUUCCAGUUGGACUUGGUGAUGUGAAGGCUGAUUUUAUUUUUUAUUUAUACGUACGUGAAA